AUGCCUACUCCGCUUGGUCCUUGGGACCCGGCCGGUGGUGCUUCAUCCUGGGGCUGGCCCUGGGAAUCGGCUUUUGCCAUAGACCCUCGGGCUUCGUAUGGCUCAGUUUACGCGGCUUGGUCUGAAUUGAAGGACCUCUGCACGGCAAAGACCAGCGAGGUCGUUGAUGCCAGCUCUGGAUUCUUUUUUCCACCCUCUCUCGCUCCGCCCCCUCCGCCCCGGCGCCCACGUUCCGCUCCAUAUUGGGACCUUUCCGAAGCUGUACCACAAGAGCGGGCCGAGCAUAACUCCUCAAUGCGCUGGACCAACCGGUGCGGUGUGAAGCCAGUGGUAGCCGAUGUCUUGCACAAGGCGUCCACGGUCCCUGAUGCUCCCAGAGAAGCACUCGACGAGACGUCGGCGGCACCAAUGGGGGAGCCUACUGCAAACCUCGGAAUCUAUGGAUCGAUACCUGGCAUUCCAGAGUCCUUCACUCUGUCCGAGUUCCUCGAGAAGGAGCCGCCUUUUUCGCCCGCGUCUACACUAUGCUACAGCCGACAGGCGCCUGUCUCGCCCGCCUCGACUGUCUACUGCUGUGACAGACAGGAACCAGAUUCCCCGGCUUCCACGGUCCUGGCUUUCGAGGCUCCGCAGCCCGAGUGCGACGGCGGAGAGGACAGUCCUGGCUAUAUGCCGACUCAUCCGACUUGGCGACACUUCUCUCAAGGCCGCAGCCGACAUGAAAUCCGCAAAGCCCGUGGCGAAGACUCUUCGUCUCUUUGGUGCGGACUCUUCAAUAGCUGUUGCCCCGACUCAGCGCCAGAGUCCUGCAGCCGCUGCCAGCACGCACUCGGAUCUUCCUUCGAUCAUCGCUGCCCGAACUGCUCCAAAGCUGUCUGCGCUAAGUGCAACUGCGAGACGUUUCGAUACGCCUGCGAAGAUGAAGCAGCAAGUGGCGCAAUGAACGACUGCAAGUCGUUGAUGCUCGGGGCGUGGAAGACCGCCCUGGAGGCAUGUGAUUUCAUCGGCACAACUCUUGCCGGUGCAGCUGAAACCCCAGCGAUGCCGCAGCCCUGGACUAAAGAGACAUUUUCAGCCACCCAGCCGCAAACACCAUCAUUGCCAUCUAUGUUGGGCCAUCGCCGUCGUGUCUCUCAAGCCACAGACGUGUACAAAACAUACUUGCCAGGGGAGAUUCCCUGCAGCCCAGAGGUGCGAUGA